UGUCGAUGAGUCUUAUCGAGCGCUGAUAGAGAGCGGAGCUGCGGCCAGACCGGUUUUGGCCGGCCGUCUGUCUGCUCCGGGAAGGUCACACGACGAGAAACGGCCUCUGCUUCCCCUCUGCAAAGACCUGGAAGCUCCCGCGGUGAAGAAAACGCCCGCUCAGCCUUCAUGGUGCACAAAGUGGAUGCAUCGUCUCCGCUGCGGCGCUGCGGGAGCUGUGAGUGGUUGUCCUCGGUUCUUUCUUUAUCGAUUACAAUGCCAAGACUGGAAGAAUUCCGCUCGCGCUUUCUUCCCCAGUGCAUGGACGCGUGUAAGAAAAUAAUGAAACACCAAAACUUGUAAACAUGGCAGAGAAACGCGCACAUGACGGCGGCUCAGCCGGACCUGUCAAGAAGCAGAAGAAGGGGUUUCAAAUUGGCCCGGCCAACUUGCCUGACGGCACCCAUAGGCGCAAAGUGAAGAAGAUCAAGGAGAACAUCAUCUAUAAGGCCAAGCUCAAGAAGCAGUAUGCAAAGAUUAAAGCACGAGAGGACGAGGCAGAAGAAGCGCCGCGCAAAUCUGUCUACGACCGUGAAGCUGAAGCCAACGCCGACCAUGACGAGCCCACCGAGCCUGUACCAGAACCGACGCUCGAACCCCAUCCCGACCGAGUGAAGAUGCUCGAAGAGCCUGAGAAGGUAAUCCCAGUAUCAUCUUUCGAUCGGCGACAAAGGCGGCCGCGGUCGCAGCCCUUCCAAAAGGAAGCUGAUAUUGCGCGCGGGAAGAAAGAGGAGGCCGAGGCACGGCAGAAGGCGAGGGAAGACGCAGACAGGGAGCGCGCCAAGAAGAUCGCUGAGCGAGAGCGCUUCAGGAAGGCCAUGGCGAAGGCCAGAGGAGGUCCUAACGGGCAGAGGAAGCUGGGGCGUGAGAGCAAGGUGCUUCUGGAAAAGGCCCAGAGGCUCAUGGGCAAGCCUUGAGGAUCGAAAUCAAGCGCGGCAAAACGCGUAAAUCCAGCAUCGAGCAACGUAUGGAUGAAUGCGCAGCUGAGCGAAAGACCAACACACGCAGCAUAUACGGUUGCACGGAAGCUUCGCGCCCCGUUCCCCGCCUUGUGAGAUGAGGAUGAAGCUUGUGUACACUUU